UUCCAUUCAAUCAAAACGAUGAAAAACAAGGAAAUCAUCAAAUCAAUACGAUCGGAGUUGUGAUCGGUUUCCAGAAACAAGUGAUCUAAAACCUAAUUUUCUUCACCGGGAGGUUCCCGAAGAUGGCGGAAUCCGAAUCUCAGAUCUAUCACGAACGACAACGAUUGCAAUUUUGGCUUUUGCACUCCCUCAACAAUCUAUUUCAGGACAAAGUCGCAUUCACGCGAGAAAGCUUGAACUCAAUCGCAGAGAAGCUCGUGGAGGAUGAUCCAAACAAAGAAACAUGGAAGACACCUCUCUCUUUACUCCUCAAGCCUCAUCACAACACACUAACUGGUAACUAUGACGUGAACAUUAUGAUUACAGCUCUUGAAGGCAAAGGCAAGAGUGUUGUUUGGCAUGAUAAGCGUAGUGUAGCUUCUUCGAUUGAUCUUGAUGGUACAGAGACUUUGAUGGGUAUUGUGUUGAAUGUUCCGGUUAAGCGGUACGGUGGACUUUGGAGAAGUAGGCAUUGGGUUGUGGUUAGAAGAAUCAAUGGUGUUUGGUAUAAUUUGGAUAGUGAUCUCGUUGUGCCACAGAUGUUUAAAGAUGGAGAUGAAGUUAGAGGGUUCUUGGAUCAAAACCUGAGUUAAGGAUCAGAGUCUUCGUGAAAGUGAUAAUCGAACGUAUUGGCUUGGAAGGAAUCAUAAAAUCAUUGAUUGGUUAUUAUAUGAGAGGUCUUCCAUCAUUGUUCGAUCUGAGAAGGUCAAGGAUGAGAUCGUUCUUGAUGGUAAUGACAUUGAUCUUGUCAUGAUCUGUUAAAAACUUAUAUAUUGUAUGUUACGUUAUGGAACCAUGACUGACCGAAGAAGUGGCGAGAUCAUUAGCGAGACGGAGGAUGGUGGCAGAGCUUCGAACAACAGAGUGAUGAUAGGAGACAAGAAUAUCUAAGGUUUGGUCGGAGAAGAGA